AUGGCGGAGAAUAACUCGAGCCCUCGAUCGACGACCUCCCCGCCGACAGACGCUCAACCACGGAGGCGGCCGCUCAGCAGCAGGAGCAGGGCCUGUGACCGGUGUCGUCGGAGAAAAGCCAGGUGCGAUACCACUAGCCCUCGACAUCGCUGCUCGCCGUGCCGACAAGCCGGAGAGCCAUGCACCUUCGACCUGCCCCUGGCAAGGCGUGGACCAAAGGCCCGAAAACGAACAGAGGGCCUGGCAUCAGCCGACUCGUCAACCCUCUCCAUCGGAGCAGACCAUGAGCAGACGCUGCCGUUUACGAGCCCAACAGGGAACAUUUUGCCCGAAUUGCUGUCCCCGGUUGCAUCCUGGGACCCAACAGCGAGUCUCACGCUUGACCCUGCGUUGUCGCCCCAGACGGUGCGAAGCGUUGUUUCAGAGUCCCGGCCAUCCGCGACUUCCAAUGUCAUACAGAGAUGGCAGGAGCUCUCCAGAUCCCUCGCUCUCUCCAAUUUCGACGUCGCGUGGAUCGUUUCCAGAUGCUUGGAUCUCUUCUUCCAAUAUCUCUAUCCCCUUACACCUCUUGUUCAUGAGCCCAGUCUGCGCAAUGGUGUGGCAUACUUCAUUUCACGGACCUCAUCCACCGUAACCCAAUCACCACGUGCCGACCCAGACGAUGGAAUCGCAGCGCCAGGUCCUACCGGAGAUGCAUGGUCUGGGGUGUUACGAGCAGGUCACUCUGGAAGCCGGAGUAUGCCAGAACCUUGGCUAGAGUCGACCUUCACCUUGAUUACAGCCGUUUGCGCAGAAGCGGCAUUUCUCCUACCCAAGGAUUUAUUUCCAGAGGGCGAGGCAGUUAGCGAAAUCUUUCUCAAGGCAUCAAGAAACUGUCUCAACAGCUAUCUCGAAGCCGAUCUGGAGUCCCCCAACGCAAGCUCGAUCGCAAUCCGCUACUUCCACUCUAACUGCAUCCACGCGGCGGGCAAACCCAAGUAUUCAUGGCACAUCUUUGGCGAGGCGACGCGACUCGCACAGGUCAUGCAGCUCCACGAAGAAUCAUCACUCGAGGGCCUACUGCCUAUCGAAGCGGAGUUGAGGCGACGGGCGUUUUGGAUCGUGUACAUGGGUGAUAAGUCUGCUGCGAUCCUCAAUAAUCGGCCUAUUACGAUCCACCGUUUCUCGUUCGAAUCCCCUAUCACAAUCGCGUACCCAUCGGGUCUUGAGGACGAGGCGCCAGUUGGGCCAUCUCCCGGUAACGAGGCUCUCUCGACAGAAACGGGAAGGAAGUGCCUCAUCAAUGGCUUCAACGCAAACCUACGGCUCUGGCAAGCAGCCUCAGACCUACUCCUGGAGAUGCGUGUAAUACUAGACGCACAGCGAGCUGUUCCCUCCACAAACAACCUCACCAACACACCGAUGCCCAUCGAGCACCGACAGCGCCUCGACGAACUAUAUGUUCAGUUCAUCACAUGUCUCGACGACCUCCCGCCAUACCUGCAGUCAUACAGCCUAACAGUCCCGACAGAAAGUGGUUCGGAAAAGGCCCGGACUACCCAGUUCAUUAUCCAGAGAGCGAAUCUGCAAGUCUCACUGCAUUGCCUGCGGAUGGUCAUUGCACAGAAAUUGGACAUGUCCUACCUCGCUACAAGCGCUGAGCAGGCAAAUCUACACAAGACGGAAAUUGCGCGAGACAUGCUCAAAGUUAUGCACGAGGCCCCGUUCUGGUCUCUGCAGGUCAACGGGGAGCCAUAUGUAGAGAAGAUACGUCUCAUAGGCGCCAGUCUUCUUGCCAUCAUCCACCGUUAUCCAGGGUCUCAUCCACUAGCAGCCCGCGCUCGAUCCGACUUUCUGGUUCUAUUAGAUAUACUCACCAGACUGGAUUCUAAGGCUUCGGAUGCCCUCAGGGGAGACCUUAAUUCGAAUUUCUAG